CUUCGGGCCCGGCUUCGGGCUCGGCUCCCGGGGCUUCGGGCCGCCCCGGACGGCGCCUUCGGGCGGGCUCGGCGGAGUCCGGAUGGAGGACUCGGACUCGGCGGCAAAGCAGCUGGGCCUGGCCGAGGCGGCGGCGGUGGCGGCCGCGGCCGCUGUGGCGGCGGCGGCCGCGGCCGCGGCGGGGGGCGAGGCCGAGGAGCCGGUGCUGAGCAGGGACGAGGACUCGGAGGAGGACGCGGACUCGGAGGCCGAGCGCGAGACGCGGCGGGUCACGGCCGUGGCGGUGAUGGCGGCCGAGCCCGGGCACAUGGACAUGGGCACCGAGGCGCUGCCCGGCCCCGACGAGGCCGCCGCCGCCGCCGCCGCCUUCGCAGAGGUGACCACGGUGACCGUGGCCAAUGUGGGGGCUUCUGCAGACAACGUGUUCACCACGUCGGUGGCAAAUGCAGCGUCCAUCUCAGGACAUGUCCUGUCGGGCCGGACAGCCCUGCAGCUGGGGGACAGCCUGAAUGCCGAGAAGGCUACGCUCAUUGUGGUGCACACGGAUGGCAGCAUCGUGGAGACGGCGGGGCUCAAGGGCCCUGCAGCCCCCCUCGCCCCAGGCUCCCAGUCCCCUCCAGCCCCCCUCACUCCGGGCCAGGAGAAGACUGGCACCAAGUACAACUGGGACCCGUCGGUCUAUGACAGCGAGCUACCUGUACGCUGUAGGAACAUCAGCGGGACACUGCACAAGAGCAGGCUGGGCUCAGGGGGCCGGGGCCGCUGCAUCAGGCAGGGAGAGAACUGGUACAGUCCAACCGAGUUUGAGGCCAUGGCCGGCCGGGCCAGCAGCAAGGACUGGAAACGCAGUAUCCGCUACGCAGGGAGGCCCCUGCAGUGCCUCAUCCAGGAUGGAAUCCUGAACCCUCACGCAGCCUCCUGCACCUGUGCCGCCUGCUGUGAUGACCUGACCCUGAGUGGACCGGUCAGGCUCUUCGUGCCUUACAAGAGACGCAAAAAGGAGCACGAGCUGCCCAGCACCCCGGUCAAGAAGGACCCGGCCAAGAACAUAGCGCUGCUGCCCGCCACCGCAGCCACGACCUUCACCGUCACGUCCUCAGGCCAGAUCACUACCUCUGGGGCCCUGACCUUCGACCGAGCAUCCACCGUGGAGGCCACGGCUGUCAUAUCAGAGAGCCCAGCCCAGGGCGACGUGUUCGCGGGAGCCACAGUGCAGGAGGCGGGGGUGCAGCCGCCGUGCAGGGUGGGCCACCCCGAGCCACACUACCCCAGCUACCAGGACAGCUGCCAGAUGGCCCCGUUCCCUGAAGCUGCACUGCCGACCUCACACCCCAAGAUAGUGCUCACGUCGCUGCCCGCGCUGGCCGUGCCCCCGUCCACGCCCACCAAGGCUGUGCCACCCGCCGUGGUGAACGGGCUCGAGGCCUCGGAGCCGCGCAGCUGGGUGUACCUGGAGGAGAUGGUGAACUCGCUGCUGAGCACGGCGCAGCAGCUGAAGGCGCUGCUGGAGCAGGCGCGCCAGGCCAGCUCAUACCGCGAGGCCAGGCUGCAGGCGGACGCAGAGCGCAAGGAGCAGUCCUGUGCCAACUGCGGCCGGGAAGCCCUGAGCGAGUGCACUGGCUGCCACAAGGCCAACUACUGCUCCACGUUCUGCCAGCGCAAGGACUGGAAGGACCACCAGCACCUGUGCGGGCAGUCAGCGGCCGUGGCUGUGCAGGCGGGCGAGGUGCACGUGGCUGAGGGCGCCAUCGAGAAGGUCCCGGUGUGAGGGUCUGGGGGCCGGUGACGACCCUGCCGCCCACACCCACUGCCCGUGGUGUACCUGUGCAGCAUGAAUGCGCAUGUGCCUCCCCUGUGAAUAAACUGUAAAUAUGG